AUGGGGGGAAAGAACUCCAAGGAUCAAGGAGAAGAAAGCACAAUGCCACUAAAGAGAAGCCAGAAGCUACCUCUUUGGGAAGAAACUCUUCUUUCUGGAAAAGAUCCCAAAACACUGUUAAAGCGUGGGCUGCACUAUGUCAGUCUGAACCUCAUCAUGAAGGGGAUGAUAAAGACACCUAACUUUUUAUGGGGACUACCACAAGUCCAGAAAUUGAAUCUUUCACACAACCAGCUGGUGGUCCUUCCUCCCGCUUUGGGGAAACUUGACCAGCUGGUGGUCCUGAACUUAUGUGGGAACCGCAUAAAGUCCCUGCCUAAAGAAAUUGGACUGCUUAGGAAUCUGAAGGUUUUGUUUGCCAAUAUGAAUUGCUUGACUGAAGUCCCAUUGGAGCUUGGACACUGUAAGAAGUUGGAAAUUUUGAGCCUCUCACACAAUUACAUCUCUUGGCUUCCUUCUAGCAUUGCAGAACUGGUUAACUUAAGGAAGCUGAAUCUGAGCAACAAUCGGUUUGUUUAUAUUCCCAUGAGUGUGUUUGCUUUGAAAAAUUUGGAUUUUUUGCAUGUCGGCUGCAACAAUCUUGAAAACAUUGGAGACAGUGUCCAGUAUCUAAGCAAACUGCAGAUCCUGAUUGCUGACUCUAACAACAUUCAUGCAUUGCCAAGGUCUAUCUGCUCAAUCACUACUCUCGAAUUGCUAGAUGUUGAUUACAAUGCUAUACAAGCACUUCCGUAUGAACUUUAUUUGCUGAAUCGAUUGUCCAAAAUUGCUUGGAAUCCUUUGGAUAAGGGACUCCAUAUUUGGCACAAUCCUUUGUCAAAACCAUUGCCACAAAUUAUAGACGGAGGAAUAAAUGCACUCUACAAAUACCUUAAAGAGAAAAGUCAACUUGCAUAA